AUGUCAUCACAGAAUGAUAAUCAAAAUGUCUCUAGCAACGAACGACAACGAAAAAACAUACCUCAAGGGGAUGAAGUCUGCCCUAGCAGACAGUUGUCGUCUUCAGCCUCGACAGAAUCACAUGCUGAGGAGGCCUCUACUGCAUUGUAUCCAACGGCAACAGAAUUCGUUGAAUCAACCUAUGAUGUGCCUUCGGCAGACACUUCCUCGUUCACUGAGCUAGCAAAUUCUGCAAGAGAAGAAAUGGAAUCGGGAGUUCUGAAUCUUAGUAAAGAACAUAAGCGGCGUAUGGUUUUGUACGGUAGUCGGGCGCUGGCAGCGGGCAGCAAACGCCCUUUGCCUCAUUCAUCAGGUAGCAACAGCAAGACUGUGCGCCAGCAUGCCCUGACAUCAUUCGGCGCUCGUCGUAGGGGUGAAUUAAGCCAGUAUAUCCAGCAGGCGGGUGCACUUUCCUCAAAAGUCAAGUACUUAGUGGUAGGCGAUGGCCUCAUGGCCCCGUUUAUGGCGCUUUGUUUGCGCGUCCAUGGUCUAGAAUGCGAUUUGGCUUAUCACCCAUCGAGUGACGAUCUAGAUCGUGGAACGAUUACGCUAACCCCGUCCGUGACGCAGCUCAUGGGCGAUGUUCUAAACGUUUCUGUCCCCUCCGGUAGCGUCAUUGGGCGUAUCCUCACCUUUGAUUAUGCGGGAAACGAUAUGUGUGAUAUCGAUUUGAACGAGUUUCGCGAAAGGGGAGAGAGCCCGACUUUUUUUUGCUGUGAUCGACUCAAGGUGGAAUCCGCGCUGCUGUCGCUGUGUCACCAAGGCCCCCAUAGCUGCCACGUGCUUGCGAAACCGCAGAUUGAUCGGGGUGGUUUGGAUGCAUUGGAGAAUGGUGGUGUUCGUGUGCAUUUCUCGAGUGGUGUUCAGCAAGAUUACCUUGGUAUUAUUUGCACCGCCCGAAAUCAGGGUCUGGUUCCUGAACUGACCAUAUCAAACGAGGAACUCCAGCAGCGCGCUGAGAACGCUGAAAAGCACAAAGAAAGCUUUAUGAAGGCAGUACGUUGGCUAGAGCUAUGCGUCCCUCCGCUGCCGGAGCUUGGCCAGUACGAAAAACGUUUUACACCAGGAUCUCAAGAGAUUGUUGAAAUUCUAACACCGCGGGAUGCCAAGAUGACGGUGCGGCCUACAAUGAUGGCCACAAAGCUGUUUUACAAUGUAACGAUAACUAUUCCAGAUUCUACUCCGGAUCCGCGUCUUGGCAGCACCAGCACUAAGCAGUUCUGGGAUGACGUUGUGACGCAUUGGACGGCUGGAAUUCCCGGAUACAUUUCUCAUACCAUGUUUCGCCCGAUGUUCACUCACAUGCAGCAACAUUUCACAAAGUCAAGUGCGUUGGUGUAUCGCACACCAUUGUUUUUGAUGCCACAUUGGGUGGAGGGUGGUGGUCGGCUUAUUAAAGUAGGGCUUGCGGCCCAUGGCGGGUGCUUCGAUGCCAUCGAUGUAGCAGAUGCGCAAAGCUUCACAGAUUGCUUUAGCUUGGCACGCGCCAUCUCGGGAGGUGAGGACAUCACAAAGCUUCUGUCCGAACGUCGCCUUCAGGUGAUGGAAGAAAUGGACCAUCACGCUCAACUUGUAGACUUUUCAGUGAAGGAACGGGGGCAGAUUGCGUACAUGAUUGCGCGGUUCAACAUGAAGUUUCUGCGUAAGUACAAGAAGAGCUGGAGAACCAUACUGAAAAACUAUGUUACCCUUAUGCCGAAAGGCAUGGUUGGUCGAUAG